AUGCCGCCCGACAGCUCCUCGUUUACCGCGCUGAACGUCUCGAGCUCUGCCGUGCCGGAAUGGAUGGGCUCCUUCUCGCUGUCGGCGCCCCCAAACACCGACCUCUGGCGCAAGCCGCCCAGCAGUGAUACCUCGACCGCCCCCAUUCUCUACACCGCUCUGCGCAACCCCUUCGUGGCCGCCGAGGUCACCGUGUCCGCCGACUGGGAGCUCGAGUGGGAUCAGGCCGGCUUAGUGAUAUUCGCAGGCGCGCCCCCGGGCCGUAUUGGCGGUUCACCAGCAGCAACAACCGCGCCCGCCGCCCAGCCACAGCCGCCCGCUCAGCCCCAGCAGCAAGACGCCCCUCCGCCCGCCUACACGCCGCCCGCGCCAGCCUCGAAAUGGGUCAAGGUCGGCCUGGAAUUCAGCAACAAUGAGUGCCAUGCCACCUCGGUGUGCGCCACUUCCGACGGCGCCGACUGGGCCCUCACCUCCCUGCCCUCGCACCGCGGCCGCCGGUCGGACCUGCGCGUGAAGAUGGAGCGCAUCGGAUACGCCUUGUGGGUGUGGUACGAGGACGACGUCAGCGGGUGGAAGAAACUACGCGAAGUGACGUGGUUUUUCUGGGGCGUCGAGGACAAGGCUGUGCGCGUGGGUGUGUAUGCGUCCCGACCCGCCAACCUUGGUGCAACGCAUUACGAGCGCCGACACGGUGGUCCGCGUGUGACGCAGCGGAAUUUGCUCGUGGAGUUUGAAGGUCUGGAGAUUUUCUAA